CCGACACUUCCUCACACCCAAUUCUAAAUAUCCUUCCCAUCGCGCUUCCGCGCUUGACUCUGGAUCAAUACUGAUUCUCACUAACCGCUCGACUCCUCCAACAGUGGAUUAUCCUCCACAUUGCCACUUUUGGCAUCCCAGAGUCCAGAAGUUCCGCGUUCUACGCCAUUGGUCCUUCCAUGCGACCUCGAGACUCGCUCUUCACGGGGCAACUUGUUAACAUCGCACCCGUCUGAGCUUGCUACAAAGAUCAUCUGACACGUUUCGCAAACCGACUGCCUGACGGCAGGAGGCCGUCGAAAUGGAUGCACAGAAAGAGGAUGGCGAUGCUCAGUUGUCUGGGGCCGUCAAUGCGGAUUCAGUGCACAGCAAAGUCGACGCGCACAACGGUGAAGUGAACGACACCAACGCCACCGAAGGUACCACACCUUCCAAAGCAACCGGCAAAUCACCAUCUACCAGGAAUUCAACGCCUGCACUUUCUACAUCAGAAUCUCAACCUCCUACACAAGGGCCCACUGACGCGACUACCACCAUGGAUGUGGACCAGCCACCGCAGGACACGGUAAACAUCGAUUCUGAUUCAGUGCAGCCUUCGAGAAAGGGCUCAGAAGAGGCUGCUGCGCCGUAUGGAACGCGAUCGCGUAAUCGUCCAGGCAGGUCGCGCAUCAACUAUGCAGAAGACACUGAAAUGGAUUUUGAGAUGACCGCCCAUGCGUCGACGAAUGGGAACGCGUCUGAUCCUCCGUCGCGAAAUUCCAUGGCAGCCGAAAAUGGUCAAUCUUCAGGUGUGAGUGGGAAGAAAGGUGCAGGUGCUGCACAGAGUAGUGCGCCGUGGGGUAACUCCGGACCCAACCCUAAAGACACACCAGCAACCCUCAGUAUUUCCGGCUCGUCGGCAACUACACCAGCUCCUCAGGCCACCACAGCGCAACCCACAUCAAAGCGGCGAAAGAAUGCCACCAAAGAUGCCACAAAUGGAAUCCAGGCAGGUGCGACCGCGCCAAGCCAAGUUGCGAAGCGCGCUGCCCAGGUCCAGGCCCCAGCAGCGGCCCCCUACACGCGAGAGUCUAAUAUGAUGACAUUUGAAUUCAGCGGUGCCUUUCCGAAAGACGGCAAAUUGCAGGCAGACGAUGGACAGACCCUGUCCGUUAAUGACCAAGUGUACCUCGUGUGUGAGCCGCCCGGGGAGCCAUACUACCUGUGUCGCAUUAUGGAGUUCAUUCACAAAGAGAAUGAUCCAAAGCAGCGUGUCGACUCAUUUAGAGUCAACUGGUUCUAUCGUCCACGGGAUGUCGGGCGCUACAACAACGACACGCGCCUGGUGUAUGCAACGAUGCACUCGGAUGUAUGCCCCAUAGCCUCCUUGCGCGGAAAGUGCAAGAUCCUGCACAGAAGCGAAAUCGGCGAUCUUGACGAGUAUCGCAAAGGCAAGGACAGUUUUUGGUUCAAUCAAGUCUUCGAUCGCUUCAUCCAUCGCUGGUACGAUGUCAUACCUACUUCACAGGUCAUCAACGUUCCGGUGAAGGUGAAGAAAGCACUAGACGAGCGCUGGAAAUACAUCUGCCUUGAAACGAGUCGGGUGAAAGAACUGACUAGCGCGGUGAAGUCCUGUAAGCGCUGUGUCGGGUACUGUGCAUCUAAUGACUCUGUAGAGUGCGCGGUAUGUCACAACACGUAUCACAUGAAUUGUGUUCGUCCGCCAUUACUGAAAAAGCCGUCCCGUGGGUUUGCCUGGGCUUGCGGGCCAUGCAGCAGAGCACAGGAGAAGAAGCUCGAAGCCCGAAGAACUCCAUUAAUGGGUGCGACAAACGAAGACGGCGAGGAGGAGGAGGUCAUCGACGAAGAAGAAGAGGAGGCUGGUAGUGACAGCGCCACAACCCCCGACCCUGAAAGUCAAGUCGACCUGCACCCAGGCACCCAAGCUGAGAUUGCCCUGGCAAAAAUGUGGCCAAUGCGAUACCUGGGCAUUCACUGCCGAGUGGAAGACGCUCUGCAAUACGAUGACAGAGCUAUAUACCCACGCGCUAGCUCUCGAUUAGGACCCCGACACCAAGCGAACGUGAACGUUUGGCACGGCCAGGCUGUAGAAUUUGUCAAGCCGGCAGAGAUCAAGAAGCGCUAUGUCAAGUCGACCAACAACAAGAAAGAAGGGAAACUGACCAAGGAAACCGUCGCAGCGAUUGAAGCGGAUAAGGCCGAGAAGGCCAAACGACCAAAGCACGUCAUGGACGAACCUGUGGGUUAUGUCCGCCGUGGCGAAGACCUCCCGAACAAGGACUCGAAAUGCACCGCCGAGUUGACGUUCAAGAUGCCCCCCUUGGGAGUGCACUCGACGCGUGGGGAAGACGAUGCACCGACAGUCACCGAAGAGCAGUUAGAAGCCUACAUGGAUCGCGCGAAAGCCCUGGCGAAGCAUGUUGGCGUUGAAUCAUACAACACUAACUUCCUCACCAAAGCGCUGGCACUAUUCACGAAACACCAGUACGAUGCCGACGCUGCAUUGAAACAGGUUAAGAAGCUCGACAAGCGCAAGGACUUGAAAGAGCCGGAGCUUACCAAGGAUGAAGAGAAGAAGUGGAACGAGGGCGUCGCUAAAUUUGGUUCUGAGAUCAGGAGCGUCCGCUUGCACACCAGCAAAAGCAUGUUCUAUGGAGAUGCGGUCCGAUACUACUAUAUGUGGAAGAAAACCCCGAAAGGUAAGGAGAUUUGGGGCUCCUACAGCAACCGCAAAGGCAAGAGCAAGAGGGUUGAACCCGACGCGCAGAGUCGGCUGUUAGACGAUGUCGCCGACAACCAGGAUGACUCAGCCUUCGAUAACGAGAAAGCUGUGCAGCGAAAGCGCAACUUUCAAUGCAAGUUCUGCACCGUCCGCCACUCUCGGCAGUGGAGACGCGCUCCCGGCGUAUCACCGGGUCAAAUGAUCCCUGCAGAUGGUCGCGCCAAGGACAAGUCGGGUCAUGUCGUGGCACUUUGCCUGCGCUGUGCGAACCUUUGGCGCAAAUAUGCAGUCAAGUGGGAGAACGUUGACGAGAUUGCUAAGAAAGUCGCACAAGGCGGCGGCAAGGCUUGGAAGAGGAGGAUCGAUGAAGAGCUGCUCCGAGAAGUCUACGCCGCACAUGUUGACCCUGCUCCUGCGGCCAGCGCACCGGAAUAUCUGGACCUUCCUGCUGCAGCAGCUCAAGUCGUGGGUGAGCCCGCGAAAAAGAAGCAGAAGAUCAACGCUGGAAAUGGUGACAGCGGUAUCUCAACUCCCAACAAUGAGCUUGCCAAGCGGAAAGAGAAGGAGAAGGUUGCACCACCGCCGAAGGCCCCAACCCCGCCGCCUGUCCCAGCGCAGCCGCGAUUGAAGGUGUUACCUUGUGCUGUUUGUCGAUCAGCAGAUGGCGCACGUUUGGAAUGCGCCGCCUGUCGCUUGACGGUGCACAAAGCCUGCUACGGCGUCGAGGACGGUCGACAGUCGAACAAAUGGUAUUGCGAUACGUGCAGGAAUGACAAGAAAGAGAGCGUAUCCUAUACAUACGAGUGCGUCUUGUGUCCCCAUAAAAUCACAGACCAGGACUUCUAUGAGCAGAUCAAAGUCACACACAAGAAGAAGAGCGACAGGGACAGGGAGAAGGAGCGCAUGGAGAGAGAGCUCAUCGAGAAUGCCAGGGAAGACUACCGCACUCGGCAGCAGGAAAAGGGCCGACCAAUUGUUCCUCGAGAGCCACUCAAGCGCACCGCAGACAACAACUGGGUGCACGUGUACUGCGCACUCUGGCAUGCCGAGGUGAAGUUCAGCAACGCCAAUCGCCUCGACAUGGUCGAAGGGGUUGGCGCAAGCACUCUGCGGUACGAUCAGACCUGCAAGCUCUGCAAGACUUCUCACGGUGCCUGCGUGUCGUGCCUGCAGUGCCAUGCAAAUUUCCACGUCGGCUGUGCGCACGAGCGGGGCUACACCUUUGGCUUCGACAUGACCCCGGUCAAGGCUACCCGAAGAGACACCGUACCCACAGUCACACUCAAUGGGGACACGGGCACUAUGGCAGCGGCUAUAUGGUGCAAGGAGCACAGUCCAAAGACCCCCGUGCAUCCUGUUAACGAAGAGGUGGAGGGCACGGACAUGAUCGCCUUGCAACUCUUCGCUCGCGAGUUCAAGCAGGCGGACCUGACGCUUACGGGAACAGCACGCAAAGCCAAUCUGGUCGACCAAUCAACGCGAAUCACCUCGCAGCCUGUAUCAACAACCGUCAACCGACGUGCUUCUGCUGUCACUGCUCAGACACCCACUUCUGCUCGGGGUCGCACCUCCAAUGCCGGACUACCUAUCAAAGAGGAGCCUGCAGAACCUUCGAUGCCCAGACCGGAGCGCAAUUGUGCGCGGUGCAAAGUCGAUGCUAGCCCACGGUGGUGGAAGAUCGAAGAUGCUGCAGGUGAUGUGCCAAAACAGAAUGGCGUCGAGACCAACGGGCAUGUGGGCGAGCCAAGCCUCGAGAACGGACAGGUGCCGAACGGCACUGCUGAUCAUCCCAUGGGCGACGUACCAUCCGCUGUCAAAUCGACAAGCCCUCGUUUGCAUCUAGACACGAGUGUCGCAGCUGGAAGCUCGUACCUAUGUCAGAAGUGCCACUGGAAGAAAGAGCAGGGUAUUGAUGAGAACGACGAGCGAGAGAGGUCGAAGUCUGUUCUCCCAGAGCCCCAACAACUCCCUCUCCGCUCUCCUGUGCAGGCGUUCGUGGCACCGCCACCUCCCGCAGCACUCACGCCUUGGGGCAUUCCGGGAGGACCCCCGGCCCUUUCGAACCAGCCCCCGCCGUUGCCAGCAUGGCACAGUGCAGGACCACCUGGCCCACCAGCACCAUCGCAUCCUCCACACCAUCUUCAGAAUGGCAUAGGAUAUGCUCCGCACGCUCCUGUCGGCCAUCACGCGCCCUUCCACGCACCGUAUCCUCCUUCCAACGGAUACCCCCCACACUCGGCAGCGCCGGUGCACCCCCAGAUGCCACCGGCCCCAAUGCGCCCUUACCCUCCGCCCUCGAGUGGACCGCCCCCGCCGUUGCAUCUCAAUAACAAUGCGAUGAUGGUCAACGGUUUGCACUCACCGCGCAAUAUGCCCUACUCGCCCACACACCCUCACGAGUACCACUCGUCUCGUUCGACCGAGAGUCCGUUUGCGGCGCCUGCAUCCUCAGUCCCACACUACACUCUCCACCACAACCCCGCGGCGGGCCGACCGGAGACGCCACGCGAUACGGUGAUGCGAGAGGCUCCGAUGGUAACGUCUGCACCGACAGAACGUGCCAACACGGGCGCUAGCGCCAGCCCUUCGCUUCGUAAUUUGUUGCACUGAGUUUUUGGCUUUCGUUAUCUUUGUUUUGUACUAUUACGAUACCUUGGGCUCAUUGGCAGGAGUUGUCACUGCCCGUUUAGCAUUUGCAGCAUAGGUGGCGCAGCCUUUUGUGGCGCAGCCGGUAUACAGCUGGGUAUAUUGCAUUGAUUUAUUGGGUACUGCAAGGGAGCCGGUGGCACGAUACCACACGUUUCUUCAUUUCGUUUGCGAGGUCUUGCUUGGCGGACGUUGCUUCCGAGGACCCAGGGCGUGUCACGGACAUGCGCAGACUGGUCCUCUCGGCCCUCGGUAGAUACCUACGGAUACGUUAGAUAGACCAACACGACUUUGCAAGACUGAGCC